AUGCCUCUCAAGAAGUCAUACUCGGAGCAUGUUGGUUCAGGGCCAAAGAACCGCUCAUGGCAACGCUCGAAAAGCAACCCCAUCACUGCUCAAACCACGUCGCGACCUCUCGCCCCCGUAUCCGAUAAGACCAAGAACAAGCUGAACCAAUUCCAAUUCCAGUCCGCCGAUAAAACACAUGACCAAGAAAAUGAUGCGACCGGCGACCACCUCUCCGUCACUCCGUCAACAAAGUUGAGCUGGCGAGAUCUGAUGGAGACGAAUGUACCCAAGAAAGAGACCCAAACUUCGCCAGGCGAACGAAUCCUAUGGGACAAUGAACGAAACAAAGAUGACCGCACCUAUGCUGCUGCCCUCUCCCCGAUGUUGCAAAGGAAAGGCCGGAAGCGUGCCAGGAGUUCUUCACCGGUGUCGUCCCCUGCCCACGACCAACCCGCAACGCCGGCAGUGAACGUCAAGAAGCUCAGCGAGGCCCUCAAAUCGCCGCAUGCCGACCCAACCCUGGAGCUUUGGGAUCGAUUCUCUCUUAGUAGCAACGGCAACGUCACUCCCCUCGGCGUCUCGAACCCCGCCCUGGCUCACCUAAUGUUCUCCUCUUCUCCGCGCAACCUCAAGACUGCACCAGCCCCCGCCAGUGGCGAUGCUAAUCUGCGGAGAGCCAUAAGCUGCGGCCUCAAUUGGCCAAAGAGGAGAAGAGUAGACCGCGGAGAUGCGCCUUCAUUAACCAGCACGUUGACACGGGAGACGACAGACAGCUCCAAGAACUCUCUAGUCACGGCGUUGCUGGACACCGUCACCGGGAGCAUUCAAGAGGACAGCCCGCCACAAGAGGCGCCUGAGCCGCUGCCCGAGCAUGAUUUCGAGACACCAUCUCCUAAGAAGAGAAAGACGGAUACAAUGCGAAGGCCGCCAUCCUCACCAACGCCGAGACCAACCAGGAUUCCGAAUCUGCCGCCCCCGGGCAAGAGCUCUAAUACGGCUGUAGCAAAGGACCUGGGCUUAGAUAAAAAGAACGCUGCUCCAGCUGCCGAGUCCGACUAUGGCGACGAUGACUUUGACGAGUUCGACGACGACACUUUCUUGGAACUAGAGGCCGGUAUGAGUCUUUCCAAUCCCCAGCAAGAGCCGACGCAGACUACCCCGGUGCCCCUGCCAGUUCAAGCAGCCAAGCAGGACAUCGCCGCGAUGGAUGACGAGUUUGAUGACUUGGAUGAAGACAUUUUCGAGGCCGCGGAAGGGAUCAUGGAAACUGCAGAGAUACACCUGGCGUCUCAAUCUGCAACAUCGGCAAAGCCUGCCUCCGCGCCGAGACCCUUACCGGCUCCUUUGGAUAACGACCCGGACGACGUCUUUGGAGAUGACUUCGGCGGAGACUUCGAUUUCGACGCUGCAGAACUCGCUGCGACACAGACCGCUCAGCAAUCCCACGCCCCAUCCACAACUGCUAUCCUGAUCGUGCAAAAGGACAACAGCAAGAUCAUGAGGACAAUACAUCUCCGGGGAGACUGGUUCGAGACACCAGCACACCCCAAAGCAUACGUACACGUCAUUGGCGACUUUUCUGCCGAUGGGCGAUGCAUCAUUGAUGAUUCCCAGAACAUUCUGGUAUUACAUCCCGACCAACUGGUCUCCGCAACAGUUGUCGCCGAUUCUUUCAGUUGCAUGCGGCGGGCAGUCUUGCAAGACCGCGUCAAAGCCACUAGCGAAGCAACUGCUCCUCUUGUCUACGGCACCAUGCUUCACGAGAUCUUCCAAGAGGCCCUCAUGGCGAACAAAUGGGAUCUCCGGUUUCUCAGCACAAUUAUCGACAAGGUUAUCGAGAAACAUGUAGAGGACCUGUACAAGAUCAAGGUCAGCAAGAGUAUUGCGAGGGAGCACCUGCAGUCCAAGAUGACUGAGUUGAGUUGCUGGGCUUCGGCCUUUCUCGACGCUGUCGUACAGGAUCGCAAUGGCAAAAAAGCCAACAUGUGUGUCAGCAAGCUGCUUGAUGUUGAGGAGCAUGUCUGGUCACCCAUGUACGGCCUGAAAGGAAACAUCGAUGCGACUGUCCAAGUCACGAUGAAAGACGGCAAAGAUCUCAAGACCUUGACCGUACCAUUCGAGGUCAAGACGGGCAAGCAUGCCAACGCCAACCACAUGGCGCAAACAGCUCUGUACAACUUGCUCCUAUCAGACCGCUACGAUCUAGAAAUCGUCUAUGGCAUCCUUUACUACAUGGAGACAUCCCAGACGAUGCGCAUUCCCACCAUUCGUCACGAACUACGGCACAUGAUUAUGCAAAGAAACCAGCUAGCAUGUCAUAUUCGAGAACGCAGUGUUCAGCUGCCGCCGAUGAAAAGGAGUAAGAACAUGUGCGGAAAAUGCUACGCCAAGGCUCCGUGCUUCAUCUAUCACAAGCUUGCAGAUGACGGCAAUGGAGAAACGAGCGGAAUGGAUGUGCAGUUUGACGAGGUAGUAAAGCAUCUUACACCCAAGCAUCAGGAUUUCUUUCUCAAAUGGGAGAAUCUCUUGACGAAGGAGGAGAAGGAGACGCAGAAGCUGAAGAGAGAGUUGUGGACGAUGGUCAGUCAAGAGCGAGAGAAGGUGGGGAGAUGUUUCUCGGAUGUCAUCAUUGAGGAAGGCUCGUGGUCCGAAGACCAGGGAACUUCAAAGAUCAACAGUUUUGACUACACUUUCAUCAAGCGAUUGCCAAACCCCGGCCAUUCUUUCCUGGAGUCUCAGCUGGCCGUAGGUGAGCCCAUUGUCGUCUCCGACGAGCAGGGACAUUUUGCGCUUGCGCUGGGCUACGUAACCGCUGUCCGCAAGCAGAGAAUUAGCGUGGCCGUCGAUCGACGGCUGCACAACGCGCGAAUCCGUCAGCAAGGCUUUGACGAAUCCAACAACCAAGUCUUUGCCAGUAUCAUGGAGGUUGUCCCUGAAGGCUCAACCCAAGACGACGCCCAGGGAAAGAUCCAGCAAGCACCCAUCCGCUAUCGACUUGACAAAGACGAAUUCAGCAACGGCAUGGCGGUCGUGCGAAACAACCUCGUACAAACCAUGGCGGAAGGUGUUUUCGGCUCUCGAGAAAUCCGCCGGCUUGUUGUCGACCUUAUUCCGCCGAGAUUCAAGACAGCACCCACGCAGUAUACUAUCGCUGACCAAGAGUCCCUGAAUGUGGAUCAACGCAAGGCAAUCGAAAAAGUCAUGAGUGCUCAGGACUAUGCGUUGGUGCUCGGCAUGCCUGGUACAGGCAAAACAACGACGAUUGCUCAUAUCAUCCGAGCCCUCACAUCCCAGGGAAAGAGUGUGCUGCUCACCUCGUACACUCAUACCGCCGUCGACAACAUUCUUCUCAAGCUCAAGGACGACAAGACGCCGGUCCUGCGUCUCGGCGCCCCCGCAAAAGUCCACCCCGAUGUGCAGCAGUUUGCGAUUCUGGCCGGUCAACCGAUGAACUCUUUCGAUGAAAUCAAGGCAGCAUGGCACGACACGCCAAUUGUCGCAACAACCUGCCUCGGUAUUGGGCAUCCGCUCUUCAACGAACGGACAUUCGACUACUGCAUAGUUGACGAAGCCUCUCAGAUCACGCUCCCCAUCUGUCUUGGACCGAUCCGAAUGGCAAAGACUUUCGUCCUUGUUGGAGAUCACAAUCAGCUUCCGCCUCUCGUCCAAAACGAGGAGGCACGCGAAGGCGGCCUUGAUGUCAGCUUGUUCAAGCUUCUAUCAGAUACACACCCUGACUCGGUGGUCAAUCUGGAACACCAGUAUCGUAUGUGCGAAGACAUCAUGACCCUCAGCAAUACCCUCAUUUACAAGGGGCGCUUGCGAUGCGGCACUGAGCAGCUACGAUUCAAGAAGCUUGACGUGCCAAACAUGAGCGCGCUGAAACAGCUUCACUACGACUCAUCGACCAUACUUCGCCCAGGCACUCCGAAGUCAUUUUGCACAUCCAUGGCGCAAAGCUGCUGCUGGCUUCGUGACUUGCUUGAUGGGGAAACCCGUGUGAAGUUUGUCAACACUGAUACGCUUCAGCCCCUGACCUGUGAGGAGGCGAAAGGAAAUCGAAUUGUCAACCCGGCCGAGGCACGCAUAGUCACGCAACUAGUUGAGGGUCUGCUCACCGUUGGAGUGCCUGAUGGAGAGAUCGGAGUCAUGACACACUAUCGUUCACAACUUUCGUUGCUCAAGCAUGGUCUUCGCGCCCAUGUCGGCGUGGAAAUGCACACUGCAGAUCGAUUCCAAGGCAGAGAUAAGGACGUCGUCAUUCUGUCCCUUGUCCGCAGCAACGAUAGUUGCAGCAUCGGCGACCUGCUGAAGGACUGGCGCCGCAUCAACGUGGCCUUCACUCGCGCCAAAACUAAGCUUCUCGUCGUCGGAAGUAAGAGCACAUUGAAGGGCAGCGGAAAAGAAGAGAUGCUCAGCAAGUUCAUUAGCCUGAUGGAAGAGAGAGACUGGAUUUACGACCUGCCUGCCGAUGCUUUGGAGAAUCACUUUUUUGACGAUACGUCGACACAGCUGACCGCCAGCGGCCUAUCGCCUCUGAAGACAAGGAAGAACACGAGUCCAAGGAAGGGCAUCAGUCCAAGAAAGAUCCCGAAGUUGGGAUUAGGUGUCGAUAAGGAGAACCGGCGACCGGAGCCCAAGAGGGCAAGAAUUGGAGAGAAAGUGCUUAUGAAGGAUAAAGUCAUUCUCAGGGAUAUUCUGAAUGACAUGACAAACGGCGGUUAUUGA